AUGGCGCGGCAGCCUAACACUGUCAUUGUGUUGCAUCCUGUGAACAGCGCCAUUAUUACAUUAGAUAUCUGUUUGCAGCUUGAUGACUCUUUGAGUUCCAUAUGGCGAAAGAACAUGGCGAGAAGUGAGGACGAGGUGGCAAUGAGGACAAUUGAACGGCUUCAGAUUUUGCUGGUUCAACAGAAGGAAGGGAAGAAUAGCCGACGAAUGAAAAGAGAAGAUUUACUCAAAGACUCUCAGCCCAUUCACGUAUUUGGUCUGGAAAUCGAUGAGCAUGAAGCGGAAGGUCAAGCAACAGCACCAACUUCCACCACCCUGAAGACUUUGGACACAUCCAUAACUAACAAAUUAUUUUGGAAGCGGGCCAAAGAGAUGUUAAUCGGUUCGACUGUUGUGAAGAUAAAGUACAACGUGCCCACCAUUACAUCCAUUGUCCCCCCAUCUGCGCUUUAUGUGGGAUUACCGGCUCUUUGCUGUGGCAUAACCACAUUGUUUACAUCAGAAAUUGGUAUUCUUUAUGAAUGGUGCUUAUGCAGCACGGAUUCACGCGAACACACAAACAUAAGUGUCAUUUCGACGGAUGCUGUUUUUACGCCUCUUGAGGAGCAUCUAGGGAAAAAUUUGGUGCUCCGUGUAUCACCUGAAGGAGACUCCGGUCUCUGGACACAGGUUGAUUUACCCCCUGUUCGUGCUGCAUUGACACCUGUGGAUCGGUGGAAGCACACAAUGGCGCCAGCAGAGGCACCUGUUUUUAGGGUGGUAACGUACAAUGUUCUCCAUGAUGAGUUUUGCAGCACAAGCGCGGCAAAGAGACGUAUUUACCCCUUUGCGACCGACGACAUAUUGUCAUUGGAGUACCGCCAAGUGCGCAUAUUGCAAGAACUUCUCGCAUACAGAGCCGACGUGAUUUGUCUUCAGGAAUGUGGGGAAAAAGUUUACCGUCAGUUCUUUGAACGCAUCUUACAUCACAGUGGCUAUGAUGGGCGCUACACGAAUAAAAAUGGGGGCGUAAAAGAGGGUUGUGCAUGCUUCUGGAAAAGAACUCGUUUUUGUAUGAAUGAGACCCUUGUUUUCCCGUUGAACUGGACAACUUUACAGGAAGAUCAUCCCGAUUUAGUGGCACGUUUGUCACUUUACCCCGAAUUUCGGGAAGCACUUGAAAAAGUCACGUCCAUUGGGGCGUUGGUUCUCUUGAAGGAUCUUCACACCAGAGAGGAGCUAAUUGUUGGUAACACCCAUCUCUUUUAUCACGCUAACGCUUGUCAUAUACGUUUGCUGCAGGUAUAUAUGUUGUUGCAUAAGCUGAAGAUUUUUGCUGCGUCGCAGCCUUCUGUCGUUCUCUGUGGGGAUUUUAACUUUACUCCCACAACGGGCGGGUACAGGCUUGUGACGAAGGGUCAGACGGAGGCGGAACAUCAUUCCUGGAAGAAAGGUGAGCUUUUCUAUUGGGGAUGUGAUCGCAUGCUGGGUGUCAGCACAGAGGAAAUGGAGGGGGUAGAAGAAGCGGCUGAGGAGGGCGCGUCAUCGUCGGUGCCGGUGACUCAGCCGGACAAACGUCAGCCGCCAUUUGAGGCAUUUCGAGAAACCCUUAGUGCCCCAUUGCAGCUGAGGGAUGCGUACAGCGAGACGGGGCAAGAGUUGCCCUGGACAAAUUAUGCCAUGACUUUUCGCGAGGUCAUUGAUUACAUAUUUUUUGCGCCGACGCGUCUCUCCGUUCUGCGCACCGUUCCGAUUCCGCCGGAGAGCGAACUAUCGGAAAAUGUGGCGUUACCAAACAAGCAGUACCCAUCCGAUCAUCUCGCGUUAAUUGCUGACUUGGUGUACACGUCCUCUUCGUCGUCGUCAUCGUCGUCAUGCUAA